GUCCCUGAACUGAUCAAUUUCCCCUUCCUUCACCCACGCCGAUUUCCAUGCCAUUCUAAAUCCGCCGCGCGCCGUGCCCCCAACUACUUACGCAUAUCCCUCGGCCGAACCCUUUAUUAAGCCGCCCUGUACUAGUUACUGUUUCCUAUGGUUGACACGACAUCCCUUGCGACAGGCGUCCUCUUGGCUUCGGCUUCCGCACUCCUCCUUGCAGCCAUGUUGUAUCCCUCGACCAUGUUGCGCUGGUUCCAGCGCAAGCGAUACCAAUAUGAAGUCACCUUCUCCCUAUACAUGUUGACGUCGACCGAGAAGUUCAUCUUCAACUCUGUGCUCUUCCUCCUACUGUCUCUCCUCAUAAUCGCUGCAUCGCUAUACCUCCCCGAACAUCUUUCCAUCAUCGCAAACCGUAUUCUCUACUACGUGUCUGGCAACCAACAAUCGCUCGCCAAUGACGCACAGAAGAUGAGUGUAUCACCGAAUGCUCCCCUUGGAGGAGAUUUUCCUGCCGGUGGAAGGGCCUACAUGGAGCCAUAGAACGACGGAGUACAUGUCCGCACGAAUGAGAGCAGCUACACUUGUUGGGAAAUAGAAGGGUUAUGGCGUUUAUCAAUGGAGCUUUCGGAGAUGUAUGACAGUGUAUUUUUGAAGAGCGUAAUGAGCAGCGAUACGCGUGUAUGGAAGAAAGCAUCAAUGCAGAUAGGGACCCAUUCAUGCUGCCAUCCCUACUGCGUAUUAAAUACCUAGCAGUUCACGGCAAAGUCAAACGUCAUUAUCAACAUUCAGAAACGGAUACGAGAUACCAAAUAUAAUAUUAAUACCUUUGCCAUCCU